AUGUCUGUGCGAGUACUCACUGGCACAGAUGUCAGGAAUAUUACCGCAGAGCUCUCUGUUGAAUUCCUUCAAUCUCUCAUGGAGGAUGUUUUUGCUUUAAUUUCCUCGCCCGAAAGCGGAACAGCUUAUUUACCCCAUCGAAUCUCUAUUCCGAUGGAAAAUCAUACCGCUCUUUUCAUGCCUGCAAGAAUAUCUACUAUGGGAACAGCUAUAAAGGUGGUCUCUGUACCCUCCAGUUCCGAUGAUAAGCGCGGACUGCCUGCAAGCACUCUGGUGCUAGACAAGCACACCGGCGCGGUCAAGGCUAUUGUCAAUGCUAGAAGUUUGACUGCUUUGAGGAACGCAGCAGGAUCCUUAUUAUCUACAACCCUUGUUGGGCCCACAUCCCCCACGCAUAUCGUCGCUUUCGGAGCAGGUGAACAGGUCCUUGCCCAUCUUGAUCUCCAUUUUCAGGCCUUUCCAUCUGUGAAAUCCUGCACAAUCGUCAACAGGUCCAUCAAUGACCGCGUAUCCUCCGUCACAUCUCGGUUAGCAGUCAAACAUCCUUCUGUAAAUUUCAGCGUUCUCGCCUACGACGCGUUCAACGUCACGGGUGAAUCGAGUGCAAAACUGAGGAGCUACCUCUCAAAUACAGACAUUAUCAUAACUGCUACGCCGUCUAAUCUGCCACUUUUUCCAUCAUCUUGGGUACGCAGUGGCACACACGUUAUUCUGAUAGGAAGCUACACCCCCCAGAUGAAGGAAGUCGAUACCGAUCUCAUUAUGCGAGCGAUUCCAACGUCAUUUCACAACGACGAAACUAAUGAAACACAUUCACCAAUACUUCUGGUUGAUUCUGCUUCCGCUUGUCUCGUGGAAGCAGGGGAAAUUAUUGAAGCAGGAAUAAAACCUAGCCAGGUCGUUGAGAUUGGGAAGUUUGUGCUAGACAAGCGCGAACAUGGUGUGGCGAACGAUUUCGUUGGACCUAUCACCAUAUUCAAAUCAGUCGGCGUGGGUUUGCAGGAUGUUGCUAUCGCAUAUGCUGUUGUUAAUAAAGCAGAAGAAAUGGAAAGGUCAAAGGCGAAAGGCAGCACGGGCGUUGUUGUACUAGACUUUGAUGCAUGA